UGAAAAACUACAAAUCCACGUGUCAAACACUUGAAAACGACGGCGUCGGCUACACACGAGCCAUGCCAAAUCAAGAUAAAAAGCUCUACGUUCCUUCUUUAAAUUUCUUACUUGGCUGAACAUACAAAACUCCCUCUUCUCUAUCUUCUUCAUCUUAAAGAAAAAAUAAGAGAUAUUCGUAAAGAGAGAACACAAAAUUUCAGUUUACGAAAAGCUAGCAAAGUCGAGUAUCGAGGAAUAACAGAAUAAGACGUAUCUAUCCUUGCCUUAAUGUUCUUACCAAAAGAUCUAGUCCUUUCUUUGUAUGAUCGAUCCAUCACAAGCCCACAACAACAACAACUACAUCUCUUUCUCUAUCUCUAGCUUCUAUUAUUAAUACAUUCAAGAAUCAAGAAUGGUACGGACGCCGUGUUGUAGAGCAGAAGGGUUGAAGAAAGGAGCAUGGACUCAAGAAGAAGACCAAAAGCUUAUCGCCUAUGUUCAACGACAUGGUGAAGGCGGUUGGCGAACCCUUCCGGACAAAGCUGGACUCAAAAGAUGUGGCAAAAGCUGCAGAUUGAGAUGGGCGAAUUACUUAAGACCUGACAUUAAACGUGGAGAGUUUAGCCAAGACGAGGAAGAUUCCAUCAUCAACCUCCACGCCAUUCAUGGCAACAAAUGGUCGGCCAUAGCUCGUAAAAUACCAAGAAGAACAGACAAUGAGAUCAAGAACCAUUGGAACACUCACAUCAAGAAAUGUCUGGUCAAGAAAGGUAUUGAUCCGUUGACCCACAAAUCCCUUCUCGAUGGAGCCGGUAAAUCAUCUGACCAUUCCGCGCAUCCCGAGAAAAGCAGCGUUCAUGACGACAAAGAUGAUCAGAAUUCAAAUAACAAAAAGUUGUCAGGAUCAUCAUCAGCUCGGUUUUUGAACAGAGUAGCAAACAGAUUCGGUCAUAGAAUCAACCACAAUGUUCUGUCUGAUAUUAUUGGAAGUAAUGGCCUACUUACUAGUCACACUACUCCAACUACAAGUGUUUCAGAAGGUGAGAGGUCAACGAGUUCUUCCUCCACACAUACCUCUUCGAAUCUCCCCAUCAACCGUAGCAUAACCGUUGAUGCAACAUCUCUAUCCUCAUCCACGUUCUCUGACUCCCCCGACCCGUGUUUAUACGAGGAAAUAGUCGGUGACAUUGAAGAUAUGACGAGAUUUUCAUCAAGAUGUUUGAGUCAUGUUUUAUCUCAUGAAGAUUUAUUGAUGUCCGUUGAGUCUUGUUUGGAGAAUACUUCAUUCAUGAGGGAAAUUACAAUGAUCUUUCAAGAGGAUAAAAUCGAGACGACGUCGUUUAAUGAUAGCUACGUGACGCCGAUCAAUGAAGUUGAUGACUCCUGUGAAGGGAUUGACAAUUAUUUUGGAUGAGUUAUAUUGAUGAUGAUGAAAAUUUGCAUUUGGCAUGUAAAUCAAUUAGAGUUUGAUUUGCUAUGGUGUUUUUAGUUUGUGUGUGUAGUGUGUUUCGACCGUUUGUGAAUUUUGACGUUGUUAGCUUCAUAAGAAACUAAAAUUGAUAAAACUUUAGAAUACUGAA